AGUCAUUUGGAAAUGACUUAUUUAUUAGGUUAUGCAGUUGGAAUUGUGAUAUAAACCCAUUAUUAGGUCGCAUAGAUUGAAUUGGGUGCGAUUGAAUUGGAUAAUGGAUGUGGCUAAGAUGAAGGAUGGCGACGACAAAAAGGUUACAGGAUUAGGCGUAGAUUUGGAGAAGAAGAUGGUUCUCGAUCCGGAGAAGAAGAUGGUUCUCGAUCCGGAGAAGAAGAUGGUUCUCGAUCCAAACAAGAAGAUGGUUCUCGAUCCAAAGAAGAAGAUGGUCGUCAACAGAAGCUAUGAUGAGGAUUUGCGUCUUUUUGAGAGAAUGUGUCGUAACUUUUGCCUCGAGGAAAUCGAAGCUGCUGGUUAUACUCUGCUGGAGGAUGAUAAAACUACCACCACCCGACCCGCUGCUUCUGCUUCUGCUAAGCGGUGCCAACCCAAAGAAGAAGAAGAACAACAACAAGAAGAAGAAAUAGAAGUAGUGUAUGAUUUUAAAAGACCCAAAUUGCCACUACCCCCCGGUAGGCCUUUUGUUCGUGACGGUGAUGUUUACAUCCUGUAAUGUAAUUUGUGUCUGCGUUUAUGUUUUACCGCUAGACUUUGUCAUAUUCACAAUUUCUUUCGAUACAUUGUAAUUUCUGCUUUUAUCUAUCGGACCCUACUACUUCGUUUGA